AUGGCAUCCAAACGAGAACCCUUGAGCUUCGACCUCCAGGAACAACUGGAAGAGCUGGCAACGUGUGAAAUAUCCGAUGCUUUGGUCAAACUAGGGUAUAGAACUGGUGGACAUAUCCCACAUUUGAAUAUCUAUUCUCCUCGUGAAAUCGAGAGAGUCAGACUCGUUGGUCGUGCAUUCACAGUCAAGCUGGUAGAACAAGAAAAAACAGGAGAGGAAGGGACAAAUGGACCUAAAACACAAGAACAUUUCGUCGAUGCUGCUCCAGAACAAAGUAUAAUGUUGAUUUCUCCUGAUUCCGCCCAUCGCGCUGCAUGUUGGGGAGGUCUGAUGUCCACCGCAGCUAAGUCAAAAGGUAUGAAAGGUGCUGUCAUCUUAGGUGGCUGUAGAGAUCUGGCCGAACAUAGGCAGCUCGGAUUUCCAGUUUUCGCACAAUUCCAUUCUACGUUAGGUUUAAGGACGUUUCUUCGACCAUCAGAAUAUGAUAUCCCACUCGAAAUACCUGUUGAGUCAAUCGUCGAACCUCGGACUGGACUUGAAAACAAAGGGAAGACGAUCGUCAAUCCAGGUGAUAUCUUAGUAGGAGAUAUAGAUGGCGUCGUAGUCAUCCCUUUUGACAAAGUUGAAGAGGUCAUCAAGGUAGCCCAAGAAGGUAAAGCAGUCGAUGAGAAGGUGAGGAUUGAUCUGGAAAAAGGUAAGGGUGUUAGAGAAACUAUGAAGAAAUGGAGAGGUACAUGA